AAAAAACCUGUGGACUCUGAAUUUCAUUGGAACACCUUCCGAAGUAGAUUUCUUGGCGUAAAGUUACGUUGGCCCCAUUGCAGGGGGCAUGUGUUACGAAAUGGAGUAAACGCAUUCUGCAUGCGCGUAGUUUGACCGCCUUCUUGGCACUUUAAAGUUCCUUUUAAAAUCAGUGGCCUUUAUUACCUCACCAAGCUUUUAUAGUGUUUGGUAGCUAUGUAUUUGCGCCUCUCUGGCAGAGCUUAGCGCAGUGUAAAAUUGCACAUUGCACAGCUCAACCAACACGUAGAAAUGGAGCAAGAUGGAGCCUCGGGCUUACUGCCCCUCUUGCCUUCGGUGCCAGUCCUUGUUCCGGUCACUAACCCUGAACAAACUGAGGAGCAAGAUUCUUGUAGUCUGACGGAACUGGUUCCUGUGCAUUCAAAACAGCAUACUUCUGCUACUGACCGGAUUCUGGCUGCAGAAGAAGAGUUGGUAGAUGAUCCAAAUCCAAUAGAUGAGGACACUUCAGAAAUGCUGGAAGAUACGAUUUCACCUUCCAAUGACACUGGUUCAAAGACAGUUGCACCAGGGAGUCAAAAAUUUGAGUCUCUUGGUGGACUAGUAGGGUCCAAUGAUAUAGAUGCAAUUGCUCCUGAUUUGUCGGCAGAAACAAUGUCAGAAACUGCCUCAGAGACUUACUCUGAAGCUAACUCUGAUGCUCAAUCUGAAAAGAGCCAGCAAAGUACUACUUCAUACCAUCUACCACCUCAUGUACUCGGGAGAACUGUUGAAAACCCGUCUGCUGACAUCUCUCCUGGACGACGUGUACAAAAACCGCGACUGGGUGUGAAAGUGCCCUACCGGAAUCUUACAAGCCAAAUAGUCACACAGAAUGAAAUUGCCCAGGAGAUUUUUGAACGUACUGCCAAAAAGCAUCCUAGUAUGGUCCAGAGUAUUGCAGAAAGUCCACCAGUUAUCCCCAAAACAGAGAUAUUUACAAGGAAGUUGACUCAGCGUCUUUGCAGUUCCAUCACGUCUUCUGGUACUAAACCCAAAGCACCAAUUGUUCCCGACUCCAUUGGUGGAGCUCUGAAAGCACUUCUACCAAAUAAGCAAAGCCCUGCCAUUGCUGACGGGAUGCGCUUGUCCCCUGGUUUUACUUACAAUGAGAAGGAUAAGGCGUUGGACGAUGCUGAGUUGCUGUCCAUUUUAGAAGGUGAUGGUGACCCUUUGUGGCUCCCCGAGAAGUUACUUCGGAAACCAGAGAAUCCUGCUCCUGGUACUGCCCCUGUGGCAGCCGGGCAAAGUCCUGUUCCAGCACCAACCCCAUCUCCAGCUCCUCCUCAACUUUCUCCACCUAAACUGGAUCCAGCUGUUGAAAAAGAGCUUGCUUUGAAGCAGCUCAUGGAACUUCCCAUUGCAUUUCCAUCAAAAAAAAUAGAAAAGAAGGAUAAGCCGGAAAAGCGUCCGCGCAAAGGUGCUAAAGCGAGAAAAGAUGCUGAAGAAGUUGCUCCAGAGCUCUCUUCAAAUGUUCCCAACCCGGAACUUGCAUCAGGCUUAUCAAAUGGAGGAAGUGCCGAGAAUGCACCUCCAGCACCACCUGUGACACCGGGAUCAACAUUGCCAAGCACACCAGUAGCACCAAUACCUCCACCCGAUAAUAUUACUCCAUCAGACAAUUCAAUUCAAGUAGAACAGGCACCACCAUCAGUUCAAAUUACUGCUAAUUCUGGAAAGAAACCGUCAUCAAACAGGAAGCGAAAGAUGACUCCGGAAGUAGAAGCUGUACUGAAAAAAACAAAACUGUCCAAGAAGGAGCCUGUGCCUAAUGCAAUUCCAAGUGCAAAGACCAAAGGAAGCAAGGCUGUCCCCAAUCCAAGCACUCCAGCUGACUCUGGUAAGGCAGUUGAUUCUGGUAAAACACCUGAAACAGGGAAGAAGAAGACUGCAAGCAAUAGGAAGACUCCUCAACCAAAGACUGAUGUUGAGGUUGUUACCAAUGGCAAUACGGAUAACAACAAUAAAAAGAAGGUGGUAAAGAGAGUAAGUAAGGGUAAAACAGAAGAUGAGACACCCAAAAAGACUGCUUCUAAACCACCUCAAGCAAAGAGUAAGACUCCUAAAGAUGACAAGAAGUCUCCUCCAAGAUCUCAAGCUUUAGCACCAGCAGUGAAGCAAAAAUCUGGUGAGAUAAACAAUGAGGAUGCAACAGAAGUGGCCAAGGAUCAGCCAAUGGAAGUGGAUGAAGCAGUUCCUUCUUUGAAUCCAGUUGAAGAGCAUGCAGAUGUUCAGCCACAGCAAAAGAAACCGACUAGAAUCAAUCGGGAGUUGGAGCACCUUUUGGGUGAUGAGGGAGCAGUCAACAUGCUCUAUUCUGUCGAAGGUCACAAGCGGAAGGGCAGCAAAGACUUGGCCUUGAAAACUCGUCUUGUGAAAACUGCUGUGAUGCGACUAAGCACAACCUCACAGGGGCACAUGCCUGUUUCUCUACGGGCUAGACGUAGCAUGAAUGUAGCAGAGCCACCAAAACUAGUGAAGAUGAGUGGAAAUCGAAAACAAAGAAAUCAUUCUUCUGAAUCCUUUGAUGCCAUGCGAUCACCACCUUACUUGACACCAGUUGAAGGUGCUUCUCAGAUGUUCUCUCCUAGACAAAAAUUGACUGCCGAUGACUCUCGCAUCAUUCGUCGUCACUCUUCAAGCAGUUCAUUCUCAAGCCCUAGUGUGAGCCCUCGGAGAGUCAGUGUCGAAGAGUCAAAUAUGCAGCAAGCUUCAACUUCUCAGAGAUCACCAAGCAGCCCAAGGAAGAAGGGAGUUCCAAUUUUCAUUCGUGACAAGGCCAAAGCGCUCACAUAUGAUGGCAAGAAGAAACCCAAAAUUCUAAAUCCUGCAUUAGACCCUGCCUUCAUCAAGAAAAAAUUAUUGGAGCUUCAGAAUAAAAAGUACAAUUUAUUGCCGAAUCCUGCUGCGAUAUUAGAUGCCCAGGCCAAGUCAAGUGUGGAAGUUAAUGGCAGAAUGAGUACAGCCACUGCAAAGAAACUGGCUAAACUUCAUAAAGCUCAAUUGCUCGCUGAAAGGAAGGCAGCUCUGGAACUUGCCAAAGCUCAGAAGGCAGCUGAGCAGCUCCUUCAAGUUCAACGUGAAGUGGAGGAACAGAACAAGGAGGAUGCACUGCCAAUCUCCCCUACUGCCAUUAAGCAAGAGGGCAAAAAGAGCUCGGUGCAACUCAGCCCUGACGCUGCAAGCGAGGCGUGUGAGUGCCCCUUUGGUGUUUGCUUGGCCAGCUGUGCAACCUGCGUCACCGGGCCCCUAUUUUGUGUGUCUCCAACAGGCUAUUCAAACUUGCUCAAAAGUCUUCAACCUAAAGGGAAAGGUGGCUCUGUGGAAGAAAGGCAAAGAGCCACAGCAAGACAUUGUGCGGGAACAUACAACUACAAGGAAAUCACAGUUCGUCGCUAUGACAAUAUUUUCCAUGUGAUACUUGCUCCAGUUUCUACCAAAAUGAGUAGCGCAUUGAAUAUACAGGUUCUUCGAGAACUUCGUGAUGCUUUGCAACAAGUGCGGAAGGAUGAUCAAUGUAAAGUGGUACUGCUGACAUCUACUGGAUCAAUUUUUUGCCAAGGCAUUGAUUUAUCAGCUCUUGUCCACAACAAUAAUGAGAAAAGAAAGACAGCUGCAUUUGAAAUGUCAUUAGCUCUCAAGGAUUUUCUGAAGUGUGUUGCUCAUUUCCCUAAACCGCUGAUUGCUGGUGUCCAGGGAUCUGCUGUUGGUCUUGGAGUCACCAUGCUUCCCUUAUUUGACAUGGUGUUUGCGAGUGAUAAGGCUACGUUCCACACACCUUAUGCAGAGUUGGGCCAAGUACCUGAGGGUGGAGCAACUCUCACUCUGCCUCACUUGCUCGGACAUACUGCUACAAGUGAACUACUUCUGAAUAGCCGCAAGAUGACUUCAAAUGAAGCUCUGCAAUGUGGGUUGGUGACACGAAUUCUGUGGCCUGAUAGAUUCAUGGAGGAAUUGAUUCCUAUCAUCAAGAAAAUUGCUCAGCAGUCUGCACAGUCAAUGGAAGCUACGAAAGCUCUUCUCAGACAUGGACUCCGCACCAAAUUUGAUGCUGCUUUGGAGUCUGAAACACACCUUCUUGUGACACAUUGGACAAGUAAAGAGUGUCAGACAUCUUAUCAGAACUGGAUGGAUAAUGGAGAAGUUUGUCUUCAACGAACAACUUGAAGUCAAUUUGAACAUUUUCUUCCAUUUCUUUUUAACUAGACUACUUUUACUCUGCCUUUUAGUUACUCUUUUCAUCCCCAAUCUACCUUAGAUUAGUUUUGGAAGAUCAACAUAUUGCAUAUUUCUUUUGUCAUAUUGUUUUCAUUAGAACACAGUCUUGUGUUGCUUUCCUCUUUCAUCAAAAGUUUGUGUUCCAAGUUUAAGUUAAAGCAACUGUGCUUGUGUCUGGUGUGUAAUGUGUGGCUUCCUCGGAAGAUCGUUGAACUAGUCUAGAAUCAAGAAGGUAUGGAAACCAUAAACUGUAUGUACAUAAAUCAUAUCAUUCAUCUGAGUACUGUUUCACUGCUUUAGCUUCUUUUUUUUUCUGGACUGUGUAGACGUGUUUGCAAUGUGCUGUUAUCAUUUACCUGUUGUACAAUAAGAAAUAUAUCAAAAGUUAAUUAAAGUUUGUACAUACAAUGUUAUAGAAAUUUCAUUUGUUGCAGUAUAUUUACAGUCUAAAUUUCUUUAUGAGAACUUUAAAAAUGUUAUGUCUCUUUUUAGUAUGAUGCCAAGUUUAACUAUUGUGCAUAUUCUCUGAGCAUAAAUUUAUAGCUUUGAAAGCAAAAUGUUUGUAUUGGGUUCUAUCAGUGAUAACCUUUCUGUCUCUUUUAAGUAUGAUGCCAAGUUUUACUAUUGUGCAUAUUCUCUGAGCAUAAAUUUAUAGCUUUGAAAGCAAAAUGUUUGUAUAGGGUUCUAUCAGUGAUAACCUAUAGAAUAUUGUACCACUGAAACCCUGUUUUUAAAAUGUUAUGUUUGGUACUAUGAGUUGAAGAAAGAGAUGACUGUACUGAAGGGAAAUAAAUGAUAACAUUACUGGAAAGGUGUAGUUGUGCAGAAACAUCUGCAGUGUCUAAGACACCAAAAUGAGCAAUAGACAGACUUUUUAAAAUGACAAGGGUAUUACUGUAAGUUUUCUGCAAUAGAGUGUUAUUUUGGUAGAUGUAUUGAUUCAGAGUAUAUAGAAAGUUGACAAUCUUUUGUAUUGUAGUUUGUUCAUGUGACUGAUGAAAAAUUCUUUUUUAUUUCUUGUUUUUUUUUUUUUUCUUAAAGAGCAUUCUGAUUUAUUGUUGAUGUAGGCAUGUAUGUAAUCAUGAGUUGCUGAUCUCUGUUGUGUUUUCCUUACUUUUGUUUUAAAGAAAUUGGACUGUAAUUCAAGUUUCCACGUAGAUGGAUCCAAACGGAGUAUUAAUUUGUUUUUAUUUUCUCGCCUUUAAUUUAAUGCACUGCAUACUCUCCUGUCACGCAUUAAUGCCAAUGUGGGCCUUAUGUUUUAUCACUGUUAUGUGCCUUCUCCAUUUGUAUUAGUGAAAAAUUGUGCCUUUUUGUUAGCACACAUGUUUUUGUGUGUUUUCUCAGUUUUGUAUGCACUGUAGAAUCAUUUAUUGUUUUUUAAUGUUAAUCUUUAUAGAUAUCUCAGUUGUCUGAUUUUUCAAUAUAAAUCUCUAAAUUAGUUCAGUUAAGAUAAGAAUCACUUGAAAAAUUUGGCCUGCACUGUAGUGUUUGUGUAAGAAGUACAUCUCAAAGCAAUUCUAUUUGAAGGCUGGCACUACUUUUUAAGAGUCUGUUAAACUCCUCACUUAUGAGCAUAAGACCCGUCCCUUAUGCUGUAAAUAAAUCAAUGAUGAAUUAAAUCUUAUAUAUGUGGAAGUAAA